ACGUCGACAUAUUUAUUCCACCAAUCAGGACAUUUGCUUCGUCCACGUAGGAUUUCGGUUCUUCUUUUUUUUUGGGUUUUUGGGCCGCGACUAAACCAAAACGACAUCAAACGCUAUGGAUCUCAUAAGGGAUUGUGUGGGCUUGGUGGCUUGGUUUGGUUUAUUGGGCUUUCUCUCUGUUUAUUAAAAAAAAACCUCACCCACGCGAGGCGGAAACCUCGAAGCUCCGCGCCUCCAUCUCUUCCUCUUCACCCUUUCUUCUUCAUCGUUACAGAGAUUUCGAUCCACUACUCUACAUUCAAUACCCCACGACAUCUCCAGCCAUCAAUUUAUCCUUUAUGACUUCGUUUCGGUUUGCUUUUUUCCCGGUCCUUUAUAUACUGUUCAUCUCUUUUGCGUGGAAACCAAAUCUCGAACUUCUCUCCUUACUCUAUGGCGAUCAAACCGAAUGGAAAAUCCCCUGUUACCUCCGAUCACGAUGACAGAAUCAUGCUUUUCCGCGAUGUCACAACGGGUCCCCACGAAACCCAGCUGCGUUUCCGGUUGAUUCAUUUCUGGGAGGCUUGGAACCCUUUGAAGAAGACGCUUAUUGGGAUUGAGAUGCUGUUAAUUGACGAGGAGGUAUUUGUUUUCAGCCAAUAUAGUUUAGACGCUUAUUUGUUAUUUAAAACGUUCUUUGGGUUUUUUUUGGCUCCUGAUUUUAUAUCGAUACGUUUCUUCGUUUUACCAUAUUCGAUAGUUAUUGAAUUUGUUUUUAGAUCCUCAUUAGUAUAGAGUAGAUUUUUACACUGUCCUUAGUUUUUACAGAACAAAAAAACUAUUAAUUUGUACUGUAUUUUCUCGCAGGGAUCUGUUAUCCAAGGAUUCAUUUCGCCAAGCCGUAUUGAGAGACAUUUGUCUAAAAUGAAGCCUGGAUCGCUUUACAAGCUCAACAAUUUUUAUGGAUCAAGCAACAAAACCAUGUAUCGGGUUUCUGAUCAUGCGGUGACGGUGUCGUUCUCAUGGAACUCGGAGCUCUCUGUUCUUGAAGACAGUCCCACUCCUUUUGAUGAAGACAGAUUCCGUUUUCAUUCCUUUGAGGAAUUUCAAGCUGGCUGUGAUAGCAAAGGAGACCUCUACGAUGUUCUUGGGCACAUGAAGCUGGUUAAUGGUCAGUGUCUCACGGGGACCCCAGUUCUUGAUGAAGUGGAAAUAGCUAGGGCGAGGCAUGUGUUGGUUCAUGUGCAGUCAUACGAUGGACCUGUGGUGAAGCUCUACCUUUGGGACCAGGCUGCAAGAGACUUCUGCAAAAAAUUCAAGUCAUACGAACGCACCCCCACCGUGUUAUUGGUGACAACCGUUAACACCAAGAGUCUCGGAGGUUCUGUUUCUAACUUUAGAAAAUUUUCUUACAAUUAGUUAUCUACUCUUGCUGGUCUUUGAAUGGGUGUUGCUUAAUACAACAGGUACUCUUGCACUGACUACAAUGUCCUCCUCACGUGUCUUUAUGGACUGCGACGUCCAACCUACGGUCGACUACUCUAGCUGGUAAAUCUAUAUAUAUUUACAUUUUUAUAUUUAAUCUUUAGCUAACUCAUCCCAUAUCAAUGAAUGAAUGGAUCAAAAUGUUACUACUCUGUCUCAGGUUGGGCUCUAACCCACAGAGUGCUGAGUUGGUUAAUGCAGAAGUGGUUACUAAAAGGGAGACACUGACCAUAGGAGAAAUAUUCUCCUACAUCAGGGAUGGAUCUAAUAAGGAGGCUUUUUUUGAGUGCACGGCUACGAUUGAUGAUGUGGUCCAUGGUUCAACCUGGUAUUACAUAUCCUGCAGUGGUUGCCAUACUAAGGCUACGAAAGGCCCAACUUCUUUGAUGUGUUCAAAAUGUGGGAAAGUCAACAUAUCAGGAGUACCACAGUACCGUGCACAGAUAUCUGUCUAUGACAACAGUGAGCAAGCUGUUUUUGUUCUGCUUGGUGAUGCUGGUUUUGAGUUAACCGGGAAGCAUGCAGCCGAGUUAGUCAGCAGCUAUUUUGAGGCUAAUGGAGACCAAGGAGUUACUCAAGAGGUGCCUUUCCCGGAAGCUUUAAUUAGCACUAUCGGUCAGAAACAUAACUUUUGUGUAAAAGUUACACAGCACAACUUAGAUGGCAAGUCUCGAUCUUUGACUGUGACCAAGAUUCUCCCUAUGGAAUCUCCACCAGUCACAGAAGCUUCGGGAGGAAACUACAACCCGACAACCUUGGAGGACGGAUUUGAGACUGGAACAAAGGUGUGUGAAGCUUCCAAAGUCAGUGGGGAUUCGGCAGAAGGAAGUAAGAGCAAUGGUGACAUUGAUGAGAUGGGCAAAGCAAAACGCCUUAAGCGUGGGGUGUAGAUGUUACGUGUGUCGUAGCAUGUCUUGCAUGGGAUUACGUUUAAACUUUUUUUUUUUUUUUUGCUCUCUCUGUUAUUGACUUUUGAUUUCUUUCAAUCUCUCUAAAGUUUUUUAUAUACUCUGAAUGCUUAUGUUUUGAUUAUCAUAAUUCUACUUCUUAAGGCUUAUAACUCUGU